GAAGUAAAAUAUGCUUAUGAAAGAGGAGUGCCUUCAAGGCCGUGGCAGCUUUUCUCAGUUUACUCUUUCAGCCCACGCAACUACAAAAAAAUACCGUAAAGAAGAUAUGGAAAUAUCGACAACAAAAAACGAUAUGCCCCAAGAAACAUUAGAACAAGAAUAAUCGCGUUUUAUUAAUCUAAUGAAUGAAUGCCACACGAAACUUUACAAUUACUGCGUUACACGGGUCCAACGGAUCGAGGGUUAUUCAUUUCUCGAGGCUUCCCAAUUGUCAAUUUGGAAAACCAUUUUAUUCUUCUGCUGUUGUACGAUGCGUUUAUUUAAAUAAUUCUAAUUCCAUCAUUUAGGAUAUUGCACAGAAUUCCCCAAAUAAGCAAUGGGGCAUCCUCCUCUUGAGUUCAGCGACUGCUAUGGGGAUAGUCCGGAUUUUAGAGAGAGACUAAAAUGCUAUGAAUUAGAAUUGGAAAGAACAAGCAAAUUUCUGAAGGAUGUAAUCAAAGAUGGCAACAAUGUAAUCAGUGCAAUCAAAGGCUAUUCAGUGGCAGUCCAGAAGUUCUCCCAGACACUCAGUGUAUUCCAGUUUGACUUCAUUGGUGAUUUUCUGACAGAUGAUGAAAUAAACAUUGCGGGAUCUUUCCAUGAAUUUGCUGGUCUCCUACAGGAAGUGGAGGAUGACCGAAUGAUGCUGGUACAGAAUGCUUGUGAUCUGCUUAUCAAGCCACUGGAGAAGUUUCGCAAGGAGCAGAUAGGAGUGACAAAAGAAAAAAGGAAGAGGUUUGAGAAAGAGAGUGAAAAGUAUUACUCUCAGUUAGAUAAGCAUCUGAAUUUGUCUGCUAAGAAGAAGGAAACUCAGCUGCAAGAGGCUGAUGAGCUGCUGGAAAAAGAGAAGGUAAACUUCUAUGAGUCAUCAGUGGAGUAUGUUUACCAUAUCCAGCAGGUGCAAGACAGGAAGAAGUUUGAUGUGGUGGAGCCUGUGCUGGCCUUUCUUCAUAGUAUCCUAACACUGAACAACCUGACUGUUGAGAUGACUCAGGAUUUCAUGCCCUAUAAGAAGGAGCUGCAGCUCAGCUUACAGAAUACACGGAACCACUUUGAGAGCACCCGAGAGGAGAUGGAGGAACUGAUGAACAGAAUGAAGCAUCCAUCACAGAUUGUCAAAAUGCAGGGCCAGCCAACCAUUGAGGGCUAUCUGUACUCACAGGAGAGAUGGGCCUUGGGUGUUUCAUGGGUGAAGUAUUAUUGCAAGUAUCACAAAGACAGCAAGCUGUUGGUCAUGGUCCCUUCUGAACCAAAACCUGCAACCAAGCAGGCCGCCACAGAGCUGAAACUUAAAUCCUGCAUUCGCCGAAAGACAGAGUCCAUAGACAAACGCUUCUGCUUUGAAAUCGAAACUUACGAGAGAAACACACCUGUCACACUCCAGGCUGUUUCAGAGGCCAACAGGAAAUUGUGGAUGGAGGCCAUGGAUGGAAAAGAGCCUAUUUAUCAUUCCCCAAUUCACAAGCAAGCUGAAAUGGAAUUGAAUGAAGUUGGAUUCAAGUUUGUGAGAAAAUGCAUCAACUUUGUUGAAACUAAAGGAAUCACACAAGAAGGAGUGUACAGAACUGUUGGCAGCAACAUCCAAGUGCAGAAGCUUCUAAAUGCCUUCUUUGACCAGAAAUGCCCAGGAGAUGUGGAUUUCCACAGCGGCGACUGGGACAUAAAAACUAUCACCAGUGCUAUGAAGUUUUAUCUCAGGAAUCUAACUGAGCCUCUAAUGACCUAUGGUCUCAACAGGGACCUCAUCUUAGCUGCAAAAUCAGAGAACCUAGACAACCGGCUGGGUGCUAUCCAUUCUCUGAUAUACAAACUCCCGGAGAAGAAUCGGGAAAUGCUAAACCUACUGAUCCAGCACCUGGUCAAUGUCUGCAGUAACAGUGGAGACAACUUAAUGACUCCCUCCAACAUGGGUGUAAUCUUUGGCCCCACCUUGAUGAGGGCAGAGGAAGAGACUGUGGCAGCCAUGUUGGAUAUAAAGUUCCAGAACAUUGUUGUUGAAAUUCUCAUAGAGGACUACACCAAGAUAUUCUGCAGUGCCCCAGAUGAGAGUUCCACAGCCCCACCCAUGCCACCUCCAAGGAUAACCCCAAGGAAACGGCAACCAAUCACCAUGUCCAAGAGACCGCCCCGCAUCUACCCAGCAGUUAAUUUUGGCCAGUUCCAGAACACUGAGAGUUUGUGUCACAUAGAUGAGCAGAAUUGCGGCAGCCAAAACGACAGCAGACCUGACAGGCUGAAUGGUGGUGGGCUCAAUCCAACGAGCCCCACACCUCUCCAGAGGACGAAAUCCAUCACCGCACCUCUGCGGCUCACUAGGGACCCUCCACAGAGGCAAGCCCUCCUUCCCAAACCCUCCAUCCGCCAGGACAGACACUCAGAUUCUGAGGUUACUGAAAUAGUCACAAAACUACAGGAUGGAUGUCAGAGACCAGAUACAGCAGCAACAGCCAAUGGAGAGUUAGUCACUGUGAACCGAGCACAGUCAUUCCAAGGCAGGAGGCCUCCUCCUCGUAGUGCCGCGGUCAUCAGAGAAGACGACGGUGACAGCACCAAAAUAAGGUCUCCGGCUGAGAAGCCGGCCAUCUGCAGACCUCCUACCAGACCACCUGACCCCCCUAGCCGAUGCCCUGCAUCCCAUAAGAGCCCCAAUGCAGCCCCCAGCAAGGAUACCCCGGCCUCGUACGUUGCUUCCAAAGCCAAGUUUUUUGAGAAUGCCUCAAGGCAGUUUGGAAGCUCAUCUGUACCACCUCCUGCAUCUUCUUUGCACAAUGUGAAAGAGGAGGUAUGACGAAUUAAUCUUGAUUAAUCUGUUGCUACGUUUUCCGAUCUUGUCACUGACCUGUGGAACUGCAGUGAGUAUUUGGACAAUGGCUACAUACUCAACUGGAAUGGAGGAAAAGGAGUGCUCUCAGAAUGUCAGCACACUCAUUCUCAUUGAAUAUCUUUUUGCUAUAAGGGAAGUUAAUGUAUUGUUAUUUAACUUGAAAAUUAAGAAGCUCCGAUCUAGAUAUUGCAAAUUAUGUGUUUGUUAAAUAAUACAUUUAGAUGUCCCUGUCUGAUUCAGAACUUGGAGGUUUUGGCAGCCCGAUCAAUAUUUACGUGUUCUAUGGGACCAACUCUAUAAUGAGUUAAUGUAAACAAGUAUGUAUGCAUCCUAUUCCAACUGGGUAGGUCUACUAUCCACUCAUUAUUCUGACACUAUUCUCACAAUGAAGCUUCUGAAGCUAUUUUAUAUGUAAUUCUCUUAAUUAAAUCUGUUGUACCUAACUUAAUCAGUUAAAAUGAAUGUCUCUCUAGUAUUUUUCUGUAUCUGUAUUUCGGCGGAACCAAAUAUUGAGAGCUUUCCAAAGAGUUGGCACAUUUGCAGAACGUUCUAUGCAUGUGUUUAUUCUCUACACGUAGUCUCGAUUCAUUUCAUAGGGAUCACGGUUCAGUCACAAAUGGCGCUCAUUUAAUAUGGUUAGAUCAAAGCUGUAUCAAUGUCUGUUACAUUGAAUAAUAGUCACAUUAUUUUACAUAGGCUUAGGGGAACAAAUAUAAUAGCAUGUGAUCUGUCCAGAGGGGUUUCCCAUCAGGAAGGUGACUUUUAACAGUCAACAAAUUAUGGUAUGGUAACUGCUUACACUAAGUUAUUUUCUUUGUACAUUGUUAUUUUUUCAAUUGUGUAAUUUCUUCAGGUGUGUGUUAGUGAAUUCAGUGGGGAUUCCCUUUGAUCUCCCCAUGGCUGUCAACUCCCCCAGGCACACCUUUUGAUGGUUUGCUUGUAAUAAAAUGUUGGCAUAAAACUAAAUCUCUGCAUUCAGUCUUGUCAAAAAUUACCCCCCUUGGAUUUUUCCACAUUUGAAUGUGUUACAACAUGAAAUCAGAGUUUAAUCAAAGGUUUUUGCCACUGAUCAACAGAAAAGAGUCCAUAAUG